UUUAAAUAGCAAAACACUACACUUCCCAUGAGGGCUUAGCUCCAAGCUCAGGACUUCCGUUUUCGCGGUUGAAUCUGUAAGGAACGUCUGUUAGAUUUCUUAACUUUCGGCAUAACAAAAUAGUGAUGUCUGAACUAAAACCUUGUAAGGUGUGUAAUUUUACGCGACAACAAUCAUACGGCUUGGUUGUACCUUCUCUGGACCAACUAAAGAUAAAAGGUACGCUAAUGAAUGUUGUAAACAGCUGUCUAGUCAACUACAACUAGCUAGCUAACGUUAGAUAACUAACGUUACUGUAGCUAACUGUGCGUGCGUGUGUUUGUACAGUUUUGGUAGCUAGAUAGUAUUCCUGAUGAGCUGUGAGCAUGCAUUCCACCUUAAUGAAGACAAGUAACUGUACCUACGCGUCAUAUAAAUAAAACCCAAAUGCAGAAUAAACUUUGCUAGCCUAGCGCCAGGUAGAUAUAUCUUGUAACUAGCAGCAUAAAUUGACACUGUAUUAGCUGUUUAAUCAGAUAAUGUUUACAAUAUCUAUAAUUCAUUCAUUGGGAAAUCAACUGGCAGUCAACUCUGAUCUCUAAUCUUUGUGAAUCAUCACUACAUUCUGCAUACUGUAUGCGCAACAUUUUGCUCUGUGUGUUCUACAUAUUCGACUUGUACAAACUUGAUUGAAUUAGAUAUGGCACCUCAGCAGACCGAGGUAAAAUUAGUUGUAUAUUGGAUAUUCGCUGUAUAUUCUGUUUUCUCUCAUCAAUGGCUAUUGAACCAAGCAUGCCAUGACUAUGAAAAUGGUAUAUUCUGAAUCAAGGGUGGAUGGAGAACAAUCCACACUUUUUUCUCGUUCCUUUUUUAAAAUUAAAAUUUUUCGGAUUUCAAUCUUCAAUAGCUCUUACACAAAGCGUGCCACGACUAUGAAAAUGAUACAUUCUGAAUCAGGGGAGGAUGGAGACACAAGAUAUUAGGGUGAAAUAAUCUGUCGCAGAUAAGAAUGACACUUGAUUCGAAGGGGCUUUGUUAAAGAUGCACUAUGCAGAAUUGCGCCGCCAUUUCCUGGUUGCUAAAAUUAUAAUAGUUAGCCUAAUUUCAGUUUGUGACAAAACAAGCAGUCUUUGUGUAGAGAACCAAUGUACCAUCUUUUUUUUACAUAAUAAAAACAUUGGAUUGUUUUCCAUCCACCACUGAUUCAGAAUAUACCAUCUUCAUAGCCAUGGCAUGCUUGGUUCAAUAGCUAUUGACGAGAGAACCGAAUAUCCAAUAUAAACUAAUUUUACCUCGAUCCUCUGCAGGACAUCCCUUUCAUUCCUAGAAUGCUACUCACUGGGCGUGGUGCUGUCUUUUAACAAAGCUCACAUCCCUGGCCUGGACACAAGAACUAGAGUAAUACUAAACUUGUAUAAUCGUGUGUUUUGUGGAAAUACAUACCGUGCCUUCAGAAAGUAUUCACACUCCUUGACUUCUUCCACAUUUUGUUGUGUUACAGAUAUAAAACAAAAAAACGACAUUGAAUAUCCCUUUCAGCAUGGUGAAGUUAUAAAUUACACUUUGAAUGGUGUAUCAAUAUAUAUCAAUACACCCAGUCACUACAAAGAUAAAGGUAUCCUUACUAACUCAAUUGCCAGAGAGGAAGGAAACCGCUCAGAGAUUUCACCAUGAGGCAAAUGGUGACUUUAAAAAAUUUACAGAGUUUAAUGGCUAUGAUAGGAUAACUGAGGAUGGAUCAACAACAUUGUAGUUACUCUACAAUACUAACCUAAUUGACAGAGUGAAAAGGGAAGCCUGUACAGAGUAAAAAUAUUCAAAAACAUGCAUCCUGUUUGAAUACAAAGCGUUAUCUUUGGGGCAAAUCCAACACAACACGUCACUGAGUACCACUCUUCAUAUUUUCAAGCAUGGUGGUGGCUGCAUCAUGUUAUGGGUAUGCUUGUCAUUGACAAGGACUAGGGAGUUUUUUUAGGAUAAAAAUAAACGGAAUAGAGCUAAGCACGGGUAAAAUCCUAGAGAUAAACCUGGUUCAGUCUGCUUUUCAACAGACACUGGGAGAUGAAUUCACCUUUCAGCAGGACAAUAACCUAAAACACAAGGCCAAAUAUACACUUUACUUACUUAAAGAUGACAUUGAAUGUUCCUGAGUGGCCUUGUUACAGUUUUGGCUUAAAUCAACUUGAAAAUCUAUGGCAAGACUUGAAAAUGGCUGUCAAGCAAUGAUCAACAACCAAUUUGACAGAGCUUCAAGAAUGUACCACAUUUGCAUAUUAUUCAUAAAAACAAUCUAGGUGUGCAAAGCUUUUAGAGACGUACCUAGAAAGACUCACAGCUGUAAUCGCUGCCAAAGGUGAUUCUAACAAGUAUUGACUCAUGGCUGUGAAUACUUACAGUACCAGUCAAAAGUUUGGAAAUACCUACUGAUUCAAGGGUUUUUCUUUAUUUUUACUAUUUUCUGCACUGUAUAAUAGUAGUGAAGACAUCAAAACUAUGAAAUAACACAUAUGGAAUCAUGUAGUAACCAAGAAAGUGUUAAACAAUAUAUUUUAUAUUUGAGAUUCUUCAAAUAGCCACCCCUUUGCCUUGAUGACAGCUUUGCACACUCUUGGCAUUCUCUCAACCAGCUUCACCUGGAAUGCUUUUCCAACAGUCUUGAAGGUUCCCACAUAUGCUGAUCACUUGUUGGCUGCUUUUCCUUCACUCUGCCGUCCAACUCAUCCCAAACCAUUGGGUUGAGGUCGGGGGAUUGUGGAGGCCAGGUCAUCUGAUGCAGCACUCCAUCACUCUCCUUCUUGGUAAAAUAGCCCUUACACAUCCUGGAGGUGUGUUGGGUCAUUGUCCUGUUGAAAAACAAAUUAUAGUCCCACUAAGCUAAGCCCAAACCAGAUGGGAUGGCAUAUCGCUGCAGAAUGCUGUGGUAGCCAUGUGGUAGCCAUCCUGGUUAAGUGUGCCUUGAAUUCUAAAUUCAUCACAGACAGUGUCACCAGCAAAGCACCCCCACACCAUAACACCUCUUCCUUCAUGCUUUACGAUGGGAACCACACAUGCGGAGAUCAUCCGUUCACCCACACCGCGUCUCACAAAGACAUGGCGGUUGGAACCAAAAAUCUCAAAUUUGGACUCCAGACCAAAGGACUAAUUUCCACCGUUCUAAUGUCCAUUGCUCGUGUUUCUUGGCCCAAGCAGGUCUCUUCUUCUUUUUGGUGUCCUUUAGUAAUGGUUUCUUUGCAGCAAUACAACCAUGAAGGCCUGAUUCACACAGUCCCCUCUGAACAGUUGAUGUUGAGAUUUGUCUGUAACUUGAACUCUGUGAAGCAUUUAUUUGGGGGACAAUUUCUGAGGCUGGUAACUCUAAUGAACUCAUCCUCUGCAGCAGCGGUAACUCGGCAAGACGGAGCUGCUCUUCCUCCCGGGGAAGGACUGCCCGCUCCAUGAUCUCGCCAUCACGGUUGACAACUCCGUUGUGUCCUCCUCCCAGAGUGCAAAGAACCUUGGCGUGACCCUGGAUAACACCCUGUCAUUCUCCGCUAACAUCAAAGCGGUGACCCGAUCCUGUAGGUUCAUGCUCUACAACAUUCGCAGAGUACGACCCUACCUUACACAGGAAGCGGCACAGGUCCUAAUCCAGGCACUUGUCAUCUCCCGUCUGGAUUACUGCAACUCGCUGUUGGCUGGGCUCCCUGCCUGUGCCAUUAAACCCCUACAACUCAUCCAGAACGCUGCAGCCUGUCUGGUGUUCAACCUUUCCAAGUUCUCUCACGUCACCCCGCUCCUUCGCACACUCCACUGGCUUCCAGUUGAAGCUCGCAUCUGCUACAAGACCAUGGUGCUUGCCUACGGCGCUGUGAGGGGAACGGCACCUCCUUACCUCUGGCCUGCUGGUCCCCCUACCUCUGCGGAAGCACAGUUCCCGCUCAGCCCAGUCAAAACUGUUCGCUGCUCUGGCACCCCAAUGGUGAAACAAGCUCCCUCACGACGCCAGGACAGCGGAGUCACUGACCAUCUUCCGGAGACACUUGAAACCCUACCUCUUUAAGGAAUACCUGGGAUAGUAUAAAAGUAAUCAUUCUACCCCACCCCCACAAAAAAAUUAAAAAAAUAAUAAUAAAUAAUAAACAUUAAUAAUGAUAAAAAAUUUACGAAAUUAAAAAACAAUAAAAAAAACUAUAUAUAUAUACACACAGUGGGGGAAAACGUUUUUAGUCAGCCACCAAUUGUGCAAGUUCUCCCACUUAAAAAGAUGAGAGGCCUGUAAUUUUCAUCAUAGGUACACGUCAUCUAUGACAGACAAAAUGAGAAAAAAUAUCCAGAAAAUCACAUUGUAGGAUUUGUAAUGAAUUUAUUUGCAAAUUAUGGUGAAAAAUAAGUAUUUGGUCAAUAACAAAAGUUUCUCAAUACUUUGUUAUAUACCCUUUGUUGGCAAUGACACAGGUCAAACGUUUUCUGUAAGUUUUCACACACUGUUGCUGGUAUUUUGGCCCAUUCCUCCAUGCAGAUCUCCUCUAGAGCAGUGAUGUUUUGGGGCUGUCGCUGGGCAACACAGACUUUCAACUCCCUCCAAAGAUUUUCUAUGGGGUUGAGAUCUGGAGACUGGCUAGGCCACUCCAGGACCUUGAAAUGCUUCUUACGAAGCCACUCCUUCGUUGCCCAGGCGGUGUGUUUGGGAUCAUUGUCAUGCUGAAAGACCCAGCCACGUUUCAUCUUCAAUGCCCUUGCUGAUGGAAGGAGGUUUUCAGUCAAAAUCUCACGAUACAUGGCCCCAUUCAUUCUUUCCUUUACACGGAUCAGUCGUCCUGGUCCCUUUGCAGAAAAACAGCCCCAAAGCAUGAUGUUUCCACCCCCAUGCUUCACAGUAGGUAUGGUGUUCUUUGGAUGCAACUCGGCAUUCUUUGUCCUCCAAACACGACGAGUUGAGUUUUUACCAAAAAGUUAUAUUUUGGUUUCAUCUGACCAUAUGACAUUCUCCCAAUCCUCUUCUGGAUCAUCCAAAUGCACUCUAGCAAACUUCAGACGGGCCUGGACAUGUACUGGCUUAAGCAGGGGGACACGUCUGGCACUGCAGGAUUUGAGUCCCUGGCGGCGUAGUGUGUUACUGAUGGUAGGCUUUGUUAUUUUGGUCCCAGCUCUCUGCAGGUCAUUCACUAGGUCCCCCCGUCUGGUUCUGGGAUUUUUGCUCACCGUUCUUGUGAUCAUUUUGACCCCACGGGGUGAGAUCUUGCGUGGAGCCCCAGAUCGAGGGAGAUUAUCAGUGGUCUUGUAUGUCUUCCAUUUCCUAAUAAUUGCUCCCACAGUUGAUUUCUUCAAACCAAGCUGCUUACCUAUUGCAGAUUCAGUCUUCCCAGCCUGGUGCAGGUCUACAAUUUUGUUUCUGGUGUCCUUUGACAGCUCUUUGGUCUUGGCCAUAGUGGAGUUUGGAGUGUGACUGUUUGAGGUUGUGGACAGGUGUCUUUUAUACUGAUAACAAGUUCAAACAGGUACCAUUAAUACAGGUAACGAGUGGAGGACAGAGGAGCCUCUUAAAGAAGAAGUUACAGGUCUGUGAGAGCCAGAAAUCUUGCUUGUUUGUAGGUGACCAAAUACGUAUUUUCCACCAUAAUUUGCAAAUAAAUUCAUUAAAAAUCCUACAAUGUGAUUUUCUGGAUUUUCUUUUCUCAAUUUGUCUGUCAUAGUUGACGUGUACCUAUGAAAAAAAUUACAGGCCUCUCAUCUUUUUAAGUGGGAGAACUUGCACAAUUGGUGGCUGACUAAAUACUUUUUUUCCCCACUGUAUAUAUAUAAACAAAUGAACAUAAAAAAUAUACUCUACAAAUAAAAAAUUAGAAAAAUAUGACAAAUUAAUUGUAAAGUGGUUGUCCCACUGGCUAUCAUAAGGUGAAUGCACCAAUUUGUAAGUCACUCUGGAUAAGAGCGUCUGCUAAAUGUAAAUGUAUCUCUGGGUCUUCCAUUCCUGUGGCGGUCCUCAUGAGAGCCAGUUCCGUCAUAGCACUUGAUGGUUUUUGCGAUUGCACUUGAAAUGUUCCGUAUUGACUGACCUUCAUGUCUUAAAGUAAUGAUGGACUGUCGUUUCACUUUGCUUAUUUGAGCUGUUCUUGCCAUAAUAUGGACUUGGUCUUUUACCAAAUAGGGCUAUCUUCUGUAAACCCCCCCCCCCCCCCCCCCUACCUUUUCACAACACAACUGAUUGGCUCAAACGCAUUAAGAAGGAAAGAAAUUCCACAGAUUAACUUUUAACAAGGCACACCUGUUAAUUGAAAUGCAUUCCAGGUGACUACCUCAUGAAGCUGGUUGAGAGAAUGCCAAGAGUGUGCAAUGCUGUCAUCAAGGCAAAGGGUGGCUAUUUGAAGAAACUGAAAUAUAACAUAUCUUUUGAUUUAACACUUUUUUUGGUUACUACAUGAUUUCAUAUGUGUUAUUUCAUAGUUUUGAUAUCUUCACUGUUAUUCUACAAUGUAAAAAUAAAGAAACCCUUGAAUGAGUAGGUGUGGCCAAACUUUUGACUGGUAGUGUAUGUAAAUGAGAUAUUUCUGUAUUAGAUUCUUCAAUACAUUUGCAACAAUUUCUAAAAACAUGUUUUCAUUUUGUCAUUAUGGGGUGUAGACGUUUGAGAAAAAAAAUCUAUUUAAUCCCUUUUGAAUUCAGGCUGUAACACAACAAAAUGUGGAAUAGGUCAAGGGGUAUGAAUACUUUUGAAGGCACUGUAGCUAGAUAAUAAUGCAAGUAGUAAGUACUAUACCAAACUACCAGUGAUGUAGGCCAGAAUAAUAACUGGUGGGUAAACUCUGAUCACGUGUCUGCAAAAAGUUGAAAACUGCCUGGCAAAAAGAAAAUGUGUGUAAACUGUGUUUACUUGCGUUUAUCUUCCGCUACACCACUACAAACAAAAGCUAGUUACACACUCAAUCUAGGCCUAUUACACUUCAGUGAGCAUGCAGCAGUGCAGAAGGGCAACGUUCCACUCAACUGUCUCUCAGCCGCAAAUGGUGCCGUGUACUGCUUCUGCAUUCAUCCCGGUCAUCAGCAACAUACCACUAGGUCAGGUUCUUCUGAUCUCAAUAUGUUAGCAAAGGUUAGUCCCUGCAAUCCAUAGCCCUUUUUUAGACUAUCUCCUUUAAGACAAUUGACAAAUAUGGUGGAAAUGGUAUGCCUUGUGACACCCCCCCCCCCAUGCCUAUAAUUACUUUUGUCAUCACACUAUCAUAUGUUUUCUGACCAUUUUUAUUUAUUUGUGAAAUGCUAGGAAGUGCUAAUGACACUUAUGCAGGGGGUAUAAUCAGGGUGUCAAGGCAAAAUACUGCAACGCAUGUAGGUGUCAUUACAUUAUUACAUUUAUCAUUUUUAUAAAUUGAGUGAUGCAUGCUAUGAAGCUGUUUGUUAUGGUGGCAAGUUCAGGUAAAGUGUUAGUCAUUUUUGAUUCCAAAUGCAUGUUAUGUACCUGCACUUUUCUGUAAUUCUACCUCCAGGAAGUGAAUCUCUUGGGUUUAGCCCAAGUACCGCAGUCUCUGUGGUCUUAGAAGAUGACGGGACAAUAGUUGAAGAUGAGGCCUAUUUCUUGUGCUUACCUACAAACACAAAGUUCAUGCUCUUGCAUGAAAAAGAGACGUGGGCCCCACAACGAAGAAGUAAGCUUUUUUGUUCUGUCAAUGCAAAUUUGAAUUGUCAUAUUCGGCUAUAGUCAUUGAUCACACAAUAGUAGGCUUAAACAGUCAUUUUGCGGUUUCUAAGUUGAUCUAUCCGCAGUUUGAGUCAACCUCUUGGGAAAGCACAUCCUCUGACAUUCUAUGCUUUUUUUGCUUGUUUUUUUGGGCUAACUAGCUAAAGAUCCAAACUCUGUUCUUUGAUUACGUGGCAUUGGUCAUCUGUCUUAGCUCUCCCAGGUUGCAUUCCCAUACUAACGCAUAGUGAUUUUCUUCCAUGCUACUAUAGUUGAUGGCGGCACAGCUUGGAUGACCAGGGAGUCUGUGAAUUUUGAGAGCGACGUUGUGGACAGCUCAAUCAGUGGGAUCGAGCCCUGGUUCUACCUGGCCCAGCAACUCAAGAACGACCUGGCUAGCAUCAUACUGAUGUCGGAGGCAGAUUUACAAGUAGGAUAACUUCAAUAACAUUCCCACCUCCUCCCAUCUCCCCUCUCACAUUCAAAUGUAUGAAUAUGGAACAUCUUGUUAAAAUUAGGUCCUAUUCUGUCAGAUAAAAGCAAAAUAUAUGGCUACAGUGGGUAUACAUAUUGUGUAGACUACUUCAAUACAAAGACCCCCUUGGCAUAUUUUUUAUGUGCUUGAGGAAAGCUGUAUGUGUAAUAGUGAGAAUAAAUAUACAUGUUGCUUGUUCCAGACGCUAGUGGACGUACCUUGUUUAGAGCUGGCCUCAGCCCUGGGCUUCCUGGAGAGCAAGGUGCUGAAUCUCCAGGACACUCUACAGAGAGUGUUGGACCGCAGGGAGGAAGAGCGACAGUCCAAGGAACUGCUCCAGCUCUUCCUCACAGCAGUGGAGAGAGCGGACAGUCAAGAGGCAGAGCCUAGAAAUGACGGUGAGACUGCUAUCAGGAAAAAAAUUGGAUCAAUCUUAUAGGAGAUCCAGCUGUGUGAAAAUGAAAUGUGAGUGGAAAUGCCAUUUGGAGUGAGCAUAAUGAGGGAAGGCAUUUUAACUUCACCUCAAAAGUUGUGGUAGAGUUUGUGUAAAAGCCGUGUGUGGCUUUUUUGUCACUAGAUGGAGCCAUUGUUUAGGCAAUAGACAACUAGCCCUGAAAUAUUGCCUCUAAACCUCUGGCUCAGCCAAGUUGUGUUGUGAGAGACAUUAUGUUCUACCAUAUUCCAUGUCUCACAGGGUCGGGUGAUGUGGAUGUGACAGAUGGGCUGGAGGUGGAUUCAGCAUCAGGAUUCAUGUCCAGGACGCUGAUGGUCCUCAAGGGUAAAACAAGCCCUGAGACCAGGCUCUCCAAUGAGGAGCUGCAGGUAUGUCACAAAGACCAACGGCUACACUCACUGUAUUUGGUAUACAGGAUCAUAUUAAUAGACUAAAGUGGACCCCUCUCCUUGUCUACUUUCCUUCAUCUGCAUUGAUAUGAAAGAGCAUGCAUUGUGAAAACAAAUUCCCUGGUAGGUAUCCACAGUAUUACAGUGAUAUGUCCUAAGUUAUUCAGUUUAGUGCACAGAAAGGAGAGAAGAGGAGAGAAAAAUACUUUACAUUAUUGAGAUGCACUGGAUUGCGUCCCAAUUCUCCCGAAAGAGUUCACUCCUCCCCACGUAUUUAAAAGCAUUGGAUUGGUGUAAGCAAUCUGGUCUAAGGCACUGCAUCUCAGUGCUUGAGGCGUCACUACAGACCCCCUGGUUCAAUUCCAGGCUGUAUCACAACCGGCCGUGAUUGGGAGUCCCAUAGGGCGGCGUACAAUUGGCCCAGCGUCGUCCAGGUUUGGCCGGUGUAGGCCGUCAUUGUAAAUAAGAAUUUGUUCUUAACUGACUUUCCUAGUUAAAUAAAGGUGAAAUAAAAAAUUAAUAAAGCAUAGGCUAGAGGGAGUUUAUUACACAGGUCCUUCCCUUUUUUAAAGCCAUGAAGGGAAGUGAACAAACACACACUUAAAGUAGAAGGGUAGAGAAUAUGGACGUAUUAAAUUGUUUCCUUUCCACCACAUGAGGGAAAUGGGAAGGCUGCAAAGCUAGAAGUACAGUAUAUGUGAGAAUUUCUAUAUCCUCUCCACUGGGUGGCACUAUCACUCUGCACUCUUGUUUUCAGUAUACACAGCAUGUGAAAAUGGACUGCCUAACAGUACAUAUUUUAUCAAGCUGUUAACUCUAUCACCAAACAACAAAACUACAUGCCAUUUUUUUUUUAUUACAAGUGCCUGUAAAUAUGCCAAGUCAUCCUGACAACAAUAAAUAAGUUUAGAGGAGUUCUAAUAAGCGCACUGUAUGCCAAGGAAUUGCAUCUCUUAUAUUGAAUACUAGUUAUGUCCUAACUGUAUCUGUUUGAAAUCCAAAAUCAAGGGCUUUUAACACCACUUAGUAUACUCUUUGAGCUUCUUAUCUCCCAAGUCAAUUGUCUUUGAAAACAAUGUCAAUUAAAUUGAACAAAAUUAAUGUAAGAACAUUUACUUAUUAAGUCUUUGCAUUAUAUUCUUCCAAUGUGGUCCAUUGACAUUCAUCAACCAUGAGCAACGAAUGCAAGUCUCUGCCAUGUCUAUACAGCACAGAGACUAGCCUAUCCCCCAUCUCUGCACUUUUGUCACUGAUGUCUUUCUCAGAAUAGAUUGCAGUUCCGAUUUUAGCUGUAUACAACAUUAAAUGAACCAAACCAAAACGUUGUCAACUGCAGAUGGUGGUGAACAAAGGUGCACGGGCCAUGGAGCAAGUCCUUGGCUGGGACUCUGAGAGGACAUUGGCGCUGCUGCAGGCAUGCAAGGAGCAAUUGAGCAAGCGGCUCCAGCAGGUUCAGGCCAUGCAGUCCCUCAGUAGCCACACACAACAACAGGCCAGCACGCAGCCCUCCGACAAGAGCCAAGCUACACAAGCCAAGCGCAGCAAGUAAGGAGUAGGGGGAAGUUGCCCUUACACGCUGAUCUUGGGUCAGUUUAG